UGCGGGUGGCAGCGGCGGCGGCGGCGGCAUCGGUGCGCGCGGGCAGGGCAGCGCGGCGCCGAGCGAGCCGAGGCGAGGUCCCGGGCGGGCGCGGGGCGCAGGGAGGCGCGGCGGGGCGGCGGGCCAGGCGGGUGGGCCGAGAGCGCGGAGAGGCGAGGCCCGGCUGCAGGGGUCGCUCGGCCCAGGGGAGCCUGCGCCCCGCUCAGCCUUGCAUCCCCGCGCCCUGAGCAUCUCCCGGAGGAACAGAGACAAAGGAGGAUUCAUGUCCAAAGGGCUCCCAGAGACCAGGACGGACACAGCCAUGUCAGAGCUGGUGCCUGAGCCCAGGCCUAAGCCGGCAGUGCCCAUGAAGCCCGUCAGCAUCAACUCCAACCUGCUGGGCUACAUUGGCAUAGACACCAUCAUUGAGCAGAUGCGCAAGAAGACCAUGAAGACUGGUUUUGACUUCAACAUCAUGGUUGUUGGCCAGAGUGGACUGGGCAAGUCAACGCUGGUCAACACGCUGUUCAAAUCCCAGGUGAGCCGCAAGGCUUCCAGCUGGAAUCGGGAGGAGAAGAUCCCCAAGACGGUGGAGAUCAAAGCUAUUGGGCAUGUAAUAGAGGAAGGUGGUGUCAAAAUGAAGCUGACUGUCAUCGACACCCCGGGCUUUGGAGACCAAAUCAACAAUGAAAACUGCUGGGAGCCCAUUGAGAAGUACAUCAAUGAACAGUAUGAGAAGUUCCUGAAGGAGGAGGUGAACAUCGCCAGGAAGAAGCGCAUCCCUGACACUCGCGUCCACUGCUGCCUCUACUUCAUCUCCCCCACUGGACACUCCUUGCGACCCCUCGAUCUCGAGUUCAUGAAACACCUCAGCAAGGUGGUGAACAUCAUCCCUGUCAUUGCUAAGGCUGACACUAUGACCCUGGAGGAGAAGUCUGAAUUCAAGCAGAGGGUUCGAAAGGAGCUUGAAGUAAAUGGGAUUGAAUUCUACCCACAGAAGGAAUUCGAUGAGGAUCUGGAGGAUAAGACGGAGAACGACAAAAUCAGGCAGGAGAGCAUGCCCUUCGCUGUGGUGGGAAGUGACAAGGAGUACCAAGUGAAUGGCAAGAGGGUCCUCGGCAGAAAAACUCCCUGGGGGAUCAUUGAAGUGGAAAACCUCAACCACUGUGAGUUUGCCCUGCUUCGAGACUUUGUCAUCAGGACCCACCUCCAGGACCUCAAGGAAGUGACACACAACAUCCACUAUGAGACUUACAGGGCCAAGCGGCUCAAUGACAAUGGAGGCCUCCCUCCGGGAGAAGGUCUCCUGGGCACUGUCCUUCCACCUGUGCCAGCCACCCCCUGCCCCACUGCUGAAUGAAGGCCAUUUCAAGCGCUGCUUCUCCCUCCAUUCCUUCAGCUGUUAUUGCUGCAGGGCUACCCUUUUCAGUGCUGUGCUUGUCUAGCCCACCGCCACAGCCCCUCUUGGUCCUCAGCAGGUGGGAGGGGCCAGGUGCCCCUUUAGGACAGUUGCUUCCUUCAUUUAGCCAGACCACUCCUCUCCUCCCAGUGGAAUGGAGCCCUUGCCAGCCCUGCUCCAUCGUCUAUGUCAGCUGGUCCCAGCCCAUCUCUAGGGAGAAAAAAACUCACAAGAGCCGCUUCUGCCCUCGCAACCCAUACCAGCUGUUUGUAACCAUCUCCAAGGGAAACGGCAUGGCUCCUUCUCCAUUCAUCUGCAUGAGCUCCUCUUGGCUUCCCUAAGGGGCCAAGAAAGCAAUUUUUCUGCUUGUCAGAUUCAUUGAGACCAGCUGUGUGAGCCCCUGUGGGACAAGGGUGUCUCCUUCAUUGCUUAAAGGUAUUUAGAAGGGUGGGUCACUGCAGGUGACCAGGGGAACAAGGGCUAGCAUCACUUUUAAAAAAAAAUCACCACUAGUGGCCCAGAGUGUGGGUACACACCUUCCCCACCCCAUAAUGCAGCCACUUAGGAAGAGUGGUCUUCCUGAAGAGAAUUUGCUGGAGUUGACUUCCUUAUCUCCAAACUAAAAAACAAAAACAGCUAAAUAUACACAAAAUCUCAGAAACCUACAAGCUAAACACUCUAGGAAAAAAAAAAAGCACCCUUCUGUACACUUAGCAAUAAGAGGGAUCUUUUCCCACUUACCCCUACUCCCACCCCUGCCCCAUCCCACCUCAUUAAUGUGAGUAAUGAAUUAGCCUGGCCAUAGGUGGUCACUGUAGGCUCUGGAAAAUACCCAAUGGAGGGAAAAGACCCCAAUCAGAUGCAUGAAUGUUUGCGAAUGUCGGCUGCCACUGCCCCACUCAGUGUCUUUAUAGAAUCCUCCCUGACCCUACUUCCCCCUCCAACUCCCAAUUUCCACCAUGACACAAAUUGCUCAAAGGCUGGUGACUUGUGGGCCAUUCAUCUCUAACUAAGUCCUGAUGGAACAAGAGGCCCAAGCCUAGGGGAUGCAAGAACGACCCAUUUCUUAAAUGAUACCAGUCCCAGUCAACCUUUUGGUGACAUUCUGGUUAAAUUUCCCAAUUGAAAACGAGCCAACAGACACUCAAACUGGUUGUGUAAAUGUUGCUAGACUUUAUGUGUUGUACAACUAAACAUUGAUGUUUGAACAAUAA